CGAGCAGGACUAGCUCCCAUCCUGACGGGGCCCAGGUAACCGGCUCCAUCGACCAGUGGCCCAAUGAUCACCCCGGUCCUCGCCGGUGAGAGUGUUGUUGGAAGAUGAGAGCAUCUGCCCCAUUUUACUUCGCAUGGCUUGCAAGUCAUCCCUCUCCCCCCGCCUCUGCUUGGCAUCUGGUAUAUGCCAUCGUCCCAACCAGAUCAGCUUUACGGAGCGGGUUGCAAGAUGCAAUACUAGAAGACCCACUGGCGGAGGCAGCUGCCGUACUUAGCCUGCCGGGACGGCCAAGGCAUCCACUUCCACCAAGGGGUUUCGAGGACUCCGGUGGAGGGAGAUGGCAGAAUCUAGUGGGCUGAACUCACCGAUGUCAGCUCGAGAAACAAUAGGGUGGACUCUGGUGUGCGGUCUACACCUACACAUACCAGCCGUCCAGGACAGUCCUACAGUCCGGCGUUAUACCAGUCCCCGCGCUUCCUGUCACCCUUUCUGGCCUCCAUG